AGAGCCAGCGCUGUGGCCGCGCGCUCUUCCAGGAUGUUUGUCCAGGACAGGACGAGGGGGUCAGACCCCGGACGCCGUGGGGCUGCCCUGCUCGCGGAGAAGAACCCGAGCCAGGCCUUCAUGGACCCGCAGGCCCCGGGUCCUCCCCGCCCGACUUCAGCUCCAUGACUUCCUGCCCCCACAUCCUGGACAAGCAGGUGAAACUCAUCACCACGAUGGGCGCCCACCUGACCAGCCUCUGCAGGCCGGCUGGUCCCGGGUGGGGCUGGAGAGCUUUCUCCUGCAAAGGUUCAGCCUCCAAAGUACCGUUAGGAGCCUUUGGAGCCUAGCGGCCUUUGAGGAGCCCCUCUGGGGUCAGGGAAUCCAGCGGGAAGCUUCUCUCUGCAACCAAGAGGCAGCUUGUUAACCACUAUGGAGCCAUCUUCCAAGUCUUGGACCAAAUGGAAACAAUAAAACCUUUUUCAAAAAAAAAAAAAAAAUGGAACCAAUGUUGAGCUAGGCCCUGCCCUGCGUCUCAGCCUCCUGUCCAGAGACCAUGUUACUCUCUGGGUUUUGGGGUGGAGUCUGUGAGACUCCCACGUGCUCUGGAAGGCUCCUGAGCCUGCCCUCUGCUGGGCUCCUUGGGGCAGGGCGAGCAGAGUGAGCGGGGUGGGGCUCUUCCUGUUUCUGGGUGACGUAAGCCACCCAGCCUGGACCUUCACGCCCAGUGCGUCUGUCCGGCCUGCGGGCUCUGAGCUCUCUGUAAGUCACCUGCUCUGCUGGGGACCAUGAGAGGCAGUGCCACGACCCUGACCUUCACCACCCUUCUCUGCCUCGGGCUGUGCUGGGGCCCGUGGAACCAGGGACAGCCAGAGGUUCUCCCCAAACCCUCCAUCUGGGCUGACCCAGGCACCAUGGUCGCCCAGGGGAGCCCGGUGACCAUCUGGUGUCAGGGGUCUCUGCUGGCAGAUGUCUACCGUCUGUAUAAAGAGAGCGGCUCUGGAUCCUGGGAGGCUCAGGCCCCUCAGGGCUCCAGGAACAAGGCCGGGUUCCACUUUGAAUACACGAGGUCAGGUGAUGCCGGGCAGUAUCAGUGUGCAUAUCGCAGCAGGAACCGCUGGUCAGAGCAGAGUGACCCCCUACCCCUGGUGGUGACAGGAGUGUACAGGGCGCCCUCCCUGUCCGCCCAGCCCAGCCCUGUGGUGGCCGCAGGAGGCAGCGUGUCCCUCAUGUGCAGUUCACAGUAUGCAGCGGGGACGCUGUACCUGCUGAAGGAGGGAGGCGCUGACCUGCCCCGAUACCAGGUGUCAAAGAACUAUGGGAACCAAGGGCAGGAAGAGGCUGUGUUCCCUGUGGGCCCCGUGACCAGCUCCCACGGGGGGACCUACAGAUGCUAUGAUGCUCCCAGCAACGUGCCCUAUCUGUGGUCACACCCCAGUGACCCUCUGCACCUCCAGGUCACAGGCCUGUCCAGGGCGCCCUCCCUGUCCGCCCAGCCCGGCUCGCUCGUGCUCCCCGGAGACAACCUGACCCUCCGGUGUGGCUCAGAGGCCGGCUUUGGCAGCUUCGCUCUGACCAAGGACGAGCGGCUCAGCCCGCCCCGCCGCCUAGAAGGGCAGCAGAGCCCCGACUUCCCCCUGGGCCGCGUGACCCACGCCCACGGGGGCCGGUACAGAUGCUAUCGUGGGCACAACGUCUCCCACGCGUGGUCGGCCCCCAGCGCCCCCCUGGACAUCCUGGUCGCGGGAAUACACAGGAAACCCUCCCUCUCCGCCCGCCCGGGGACCUCAGUGCCCCUGGGAGAGAACGUGACCCUGCAGUGUCGCUCUGAGGUCCGCUCAGACACCUUCCAUCUGUCCAAGGAGGGGUCGCUUGCUCCUCCCCAGCACCUGCAUCUGCAGGACACGGCUCCGCCCGUCCAGGCCAACUUCACCCUGAGAGCUGUGACCUCGGCCCACGGUGGGACCUACAGAUGCUACAGCUCACAGAGCACCGCCCCCCACCUGCUGUCGCUCCCCAGCGACCCCCUGGAGCUCCUGGUCUCAGGAGCAGCUGACAGCAUCAGCCCACCACAAAACAAGCCAGACCCCAGGAGUGACUACACGGUGCAGAAUCUCAUCCGGAUGGGCCUCGCGGCCUCGGUUCUGCUGCUCCUCGGUGUCCUGCUCUGCCAGGCUCGGCACGACCGCAAAGAAGUCCGAGACGCGGCCCGGAGCUGAGCACUGGGGGGCCCCCGGCACCGUCCGGGGCGCCGCAGCCCGGGACACAAGCUUCCUGCCCGGGAGUUUCCGGAAAGAGUCUCUGCCGCGCGUGCUGGGUGCGCUGUCUGCGGAGACCUGUCUGCAGAGACCCCGGGGGAGAGACGCGCUGCGGAGCGGGAGGAGGCUCGGCGUCCCCGGGGAGGCUGGGGGCUCGGCUUCCUCUCACGGGGCCCCUCCCUCCCCGGGAGGACACCCCGACUCUCGGCUCCUCCCACCCCCUGCCCGAGGCGCAUCCCAGUGGCAGGGGCGGGUCCUCACCCUGCAGGCCCGCAGGCUCUGUCCGCUCUCCUGAGGACGUGAGCCUCAUUGUUCAUGCCCGCCUUCUCUGGUGUGCGCAAUGACCUCCAUCCCUUCGCUCAGAAACAGAACGUCGUUUAAGUAACUGAAUAAAUGGGUGAAAGCGGGGCCCCGUUUGGAACGAUGGAUCCAGAGCUCUUCCCCGAACCCCGCUCUGGACCGCUCAAGCCCUCCUCUCCUCGUCAGAUGACACCGGUGUCGUUUCUCCAGCCGCCGUCAGUGUGAACGAACACCUUGUCCUUUGAAGAGACAGUCAGGUGUUGCGCUGCUAAAUGGUGUUAGCAAUAUAUCCAUUUUGUAAAAAGCCCGGGUUGUGGUUUUUGUCUGUUUCUUCAGUAUGAAUACUCUAUUCGUGGCCAACCUCAA